AUCUCAAAUACAGAGGUAUAUUAUUUCAUCUGGUUCUUAGACUAUGCAUUUGUCUCAUUUCUAGAUAAAUCCAGUCCUUCUACUCAGUAUUUUUGCCCAGAUGGUUGGAUUGGUUUUCAAAAGAAUUGCUAUUAUUUCUCUAAACAAGAAGGGGAUUGGAAUUCAAGUAGACACAACUGUUCUACUCAACAUGCUGACCUAACUGUGAUUGACUCUAGAGAAGAAAUGGAUUUUUUAAAACAACACAGAUGUAUGUUUGAUCUCUGGAUUGGGUUGGAGAUGACAGAAAAUCAAACAGGAACUUGGGUAAAUGGAGGAAUAUUUAACAAAUGGUUUGAUGUGAGAGGAAAUGAAAAAUGUGCUUACCUCAGUGAUGAUGGUGUAGCAACAGCCAGAUGCUACGCAGAAAGAAAAUGGAUUUGCAGGAAAAAAAGUACUACAUAAACAUUUCUGAUUAUGAUUUAUAACCAUAGAUGUGGAGGAAAGAGAAGCUUCGAAGGUCUGCAUUCCCACCACUUUGGAAAACAACAUGGAGUUUCCUUUGACCUAAUGAUCCCACUUCUGGGAAUAUAUCUGAAGAAACCAGAGAUAACAGUUUGAAAGAAUGCAUGCAUCCCUAUAUUUAUUGAAGCAUUAUUUUUAUUUAUUAUGUUUUUACUGAUUGCAGAGAGAGGAAGGAAAAGGGAAAGAUAGAAACAUCAAUAAUGAGAGAGAAUCACUGAUCAGCUGCUUCCUGCACGCCCCCUAUUAGGGGUCAAGCCCACAACCUGGGCGUGUGCCCUGGCCGGGAAUUGAACACUGACCCCCUGGUUCAUGGGUCGAUGCUCAACCACAGAACCACACUGGCCGGGCAAGAACUCCCUUUAUUAUUAUUAUUUUUAAAAUAUUUAUUGUUUUUUGUUUUGGAGGUGUUUUUUUAAAAAAAUAUAGUAUUUUUUAUUGAUUUCAGAGAGGAAGGGGCAGGGAGAGAUAGAAACAUCAAUAAAGAGAGAGAAUCACUGAUUGGCUGCCUUCUGCAUGCCCCAUACUGAGGAUCAAGCCCAUGGCCUGGGCAUGUGCCCUGACUGAGAAUUAAACUGUGACCUCCUAUUCGUAGGUCGACGCUCAACCACUGAGCCACACCCAUGGGCAAGACUCCUUUAUUAUUUAUAUUUUUUUAAUAUUUAUUGUUGAAAAUAUUAUAUAUGUCCCCUUUUGUCCCCCACUGACCUCUUCUAGCCCACUCUCGCCCCUCACCCCAGACCUUCACUACAUAAUGUAUCCAUGAGUUAUGCAUGCAUACAUGUUCUUUGGUGGAUCUCUGCCCACCCACCCACCCACCCUCUCCUGCCUUCCCUCUGUUGUUAGCCAUCUGUUCCUUGCUAAUAUGUCUCUGGAUCUAUUUUUGGUUCAUCAGUUUAUUUUGUUCAUUAGAGUCCACAUAUGAACUCCAUUUAAUAUUGUUAAAAACACAGACCUGCUGGUAAUAAAUUAUCUCAGCUUUUGUUAGUCUGAAAAAGCAUUCUCCCCUUUCAUUAUUGAGAGAUAUUUCUGUUGGAUAUAUAUCCGAUACCCUACUUUAUAUUUUCAUAAGUAUCAUGCAAUUUUUAAUUUAUAGUACCUAUCAAAAUUGAUUCAAUUAAUAUUUAUUGAGCAUCUAUUAUGUGUCAAGCAUUGCUUUGAAAAUAAGGAUACAACAGAUAUCCAAACAAGGCAAAAAACCUUGCUCACAUAGAGCUUACAUUCUAGAGGAGAAAAAUAAAAUAUAAUAUUUUGAAAGAUGAAAACAAAAGCAUCCAGCGUACACCA